AUGGUGUCAUUCGAUGUCACCGCUCUCUUCACUUCGAUCCCGCAAUGCCUAGCAGUCCAAACGGUUAGCGAACUGCUCGAAUGCAAGUACGACGAGAUGGAAGAAAGUGCGAAACGGACUCAUCUCAUUCAACUGCUGAAAUUCUGCCUGCAGACGUUCUUUACCUUCGACGGGAGGGUAUACGAACAGACCAAGGGGACGCCGAUGGGAUCGCCGCUUUCAGGCUUCAUCGCAGAAGCAGUUCUCCAAAAGGUGGAGACCGAAGUCUUCGAGACCUACAGGUCAAAAUUUUGGACUCGAUAUGUUGAUGAUACCUUUGUUAUCAUCAAGCGGGCAAUGGUUCAAACCUUUCACAAUGUCCUCAAUUCGGUUUCGCCUGAUAUUCAAUUCACAAUGGAGGCCGAAAGCAACAACGAACUACCGUUCCUAGACGUACUGGUUCACCGGAACCCAAAUGGACACCUGAAAACAACGGUGUAUAGGAAGGCCGCCAAUACGCGCCAAAUCCUGAGCUACCACAGCAAGAACCCGUUGUCCCACAAACGCAGCUGUGUACGCACACUGUACAAAAGGGCAGAUACACACUGCAGCGAGCCAGACGACAAAAGGUCGGAACUACGCCAACUUCAGCGCCUCUUCAUGGCGAACCGGUAUCCUCGAAAUUUUAUAGAACGCAACAGGCAGCCUGUGCCAAGCCGAAGCCCAGUGACAGAACGACCAAAAGUCUGGCGAGCCCUUCCUUACAUUGACGGCGUCUCUGAGGCGGUCUCCCGUCUCCUAAGGCCACGUGGAAUCGGCUUUGCCCAUCGGCCAGAGUCAACAAUCCGGCAUCUGGUAAUGAGACCCAAGACGCCGCUGCCACCCGGUGAAACAACAAACGUGAUUUAUCGGAUCCAAUGCAGCUCCUGCGAGAUGAACUACAUUGGGGAGACCGGUAAACGACUCCAGACCCGUGUUAAAGAACACAUGAGGGCCGUAAGGAUGAUGGACCAGUUAUCCCUGGUGGCAGAACACUGCGCAAACUCUGGACACAAAUUCGCUUUCCAGAGUGCCGAAAUCCUGGGCCGAGGAAAUGAUCGCGUGACCAGGGAAACAACUGAUGCCUGGCACACCAGCACGAACUCCAUCAACCGCUGUGUAGCGCUUCCCGAAGCCUAA